AUGUUGUUGGGAUUUAUAAACAUAUACUUAAUUAAUCUCUUUUGCGUUUUAACCCUGACAUUGAAUCAAGUUUAUUAUUGUCAUCUUCUAUAUCAUCCCAUAACUUUUAAAUGGAAUUCAAUAUGUAGUAUGGUCGUAGAUUCGGAUGAACCACUUAUUCUUGCUGUUGGCACAGAAGUUUGUAUCAAGUCCAAAGGGGCAUUUUGUGAAGCAAAAAUUGAAAAAAUAUCAGAAAAUUACAAAUGCAAAGUUCAACAAUAUGCUGAUAAAAUAUCCAAAUCUUACACAGGUCUUCCAGUUAAAGGACAAUUAAAGUUGGGAGCAAAUAUUGCCUUAAGAUGUCAAGAUACAAAUGAUAUAGUUCAAGGUAAAAUUUUAAAAGUACAAGAUUAUAGUGAAUACACAGUUGCAUUUUAUAAUGGUGAUAAAGCUUGCUUAAAUAGAAAAUCAAUAAGUUUGAAAAGUAAAGGAUACUUUGCUAAUAGCACUAAUCUUGAUCAACUUCCGCUUAACAAUCCAGAACACAGUGGUAUAACUCAUGAUGUACAAGAUCGCAGAAGUCAAGAACAUAAAAAAGAUUUUGGGGAAAUUAGGAAAGAAGAAGCUUCAGCAACUGAGGAAAAAGAUAUUGGAAAAGUUGUUUGUGUUGUAACUGGUACAAAAAAGAAAUUAAAAGAUAAUUGGUUUCCUGGUUUAAUAGUUGCACCCACUUCACAAUCCUCGGUCAGGACUAAUUUUGUAGAAAACCGCCUAGUUCGUUCAUUUAAAGACGAAAAAUACUAUGCAGUAUCAAAAAACGAAAUAACUGAAUUUACAAAAGAAAUUGGUGCUAGAGUGGAAAAUUCUACGCUUAAAACUGCUGUAAAAAAAGCCAAUUGUUAUCUUGACAAUGAUGAACUUCCACCACACUGGGAUCGAGUUUUUUUAUUUGGUGUUGAUACAAUUUGUACUACUACUUAUGAUGGCAAUAAUUCUGAUGAAGAACCAAUUGAAGAAAAAGAUCAUUUUGUCGCACAGUUAAUUAAGUUCAUGGAUGACCGAGGAACUCCUCUUAAUCAAGCUCCAAUGAUUGAUGAAAAGGAUGUUGAUUUAUAUAAACUAUUUAAGGUUGUCAAUAACUGUGGAGGAUAUAACAAAGUUGAUAAAGAUAAUCAAUGGCUAUUUGUAUCAAUUAAAGCUGGUCAUGAACGACAAUCAUCUUUAUCUGUUAAAAAUUUCUAUCAAAAAUUUUUACAUGGUUUUGAGAAUUUUUAUCGAAAAUUAGGUUGUACAAUGUUAAGUCAUCCAAGACAAGUAAGAUCACGCAGCAGUUUUAGUCGCAGUAUCAUAAGAGAUAUUAACAAAACAUUACCUAAAAAGUCAACAAAAACUGAAUCAAACAAUAAAAAAGUUAAGGAUUUCACAGGAGCUAAAAAAGUAGCCAAAGCUAUCAAAGUUAUAAAAAAAACAACAUCAUUCAAUAAUAAAGAACUAGUGAAAUGUGAUUCAAACAAAGUAGAAUUGAAAAAUUCUAUUAAAAAUGUCAAAACUAAAAAUGAAUUCAAAAAUAUCUUAAGAGAAGAGAUUGAUACUGACGCACUAGAAGAUCAUAUAAUUGAAGAUACGAAAGUAAAAUCUGAAUUACUAGAUAAUAGAAAAAGGAAAGCUGAUGAAGAAAUUAAAACUUUUUUAAGCAUAAUGCCUGCAUUCAAAAAGUCAAAAAGAGGAGUAUCUUAUUACCAGCAAGACAUUUCAAAUACAGGAAAAUCCGACGAUGUACCUAAAAGCACUGAAAAAAAGAAGAAUGUUAGGAAGAAAAAAAGUGAUAAAGUGAAGACUUCAAACAAUACUCCAACAGUUUUUAAUAUCAAAGUAGAAACAUUUAAUAAAAAUACAUUAGUGGUUGUUGGAGAUCAUUUAUUAGUAUAUUAUAAUCAAAAUCAAUUGUAUGAAGCAAAAGUUCUUAAAAUGCAUAAUAUUGAUGGAGUGAUGAAAUAUUACAUACAUUAUACGGGAUGGAAUUUACGAUAUGAUGAGUGGAUUGACAUAUUAAGAAUUGGAUUCAAAAUCAUAGGUCUUGUACAAGAACCAGAUAGUCAUAAUAACAUAGAUUCAUCUAAAAUUAGUUCUACAGAAGACACUGAAAAAAUAAAAACUCCUAGGAAGAAGAAAUACGGCGAAGAGAAGAUUUCAAACAACAAUAUUCCAAUACUUAAAAAUAUAAAAGAUGAACCAUAUGAUAAUGAAGACGACAUGUUAACAAUUGUUGAAGAUGAUUUGACAGUUUACAAUAGAGAUUAUCAAGCCAUAACUAAUAAUGCAAAACAAACAAAUUGGGACCAAGAAAAAAUUCUAUCAACAACUAGUAGAAUUAGACGAUCAGUAGUUACUCCGAUCAAAUCAUAUUCACAAAGAACAAAAACACCUUAUAGUAGUACUCGGCCUAGAAGAACAUGUACUUUGACUAAAUCUUAUUUUGGUAAGUAUUCUAUUGUAGAUAAUUUAUAUUAUAAUUCCGAUUCAGAAACCGAAUAUACAGUAAAACCUGAAGAAUCAUUCAAGCAAUAUAGUAAGAAAAAAACAAUCAAAACUACUGAACUAGAUUUCAUAAAAACAGAGCCUUUAGAUACUUAUAAUCAAAAAAAAAAUAAGUGUUUAAAAACAUACCCAUAUAAAAAAGCAAAAUCAUCUGUGUUUAAAACUCAUGAUAAUACAUCUGAAGAAAUUGAGAUUUGUAAACAAGUUAUUAUAAAACCGUCAUUUGAUUUGAAUUUUAUGAUUCCAUCACAAAGUUAUGAUAUAAAAUCUAAUGCAGUUAAUGAAGGUGUAGACGUAGAGAAUGAAAGUAAAAAUGAUAAUAAUGUUAUAAUUGAACCAAAAUUUUUUUCAAAUCGUUAUUUGUCACCUAAAAAAAAAACUAAAAAUAAUUUUAAAAAACUGUCCGAGUUUUCAAAAAAUCGGAAUGAAGAAAUCGAAAUUAAUGCUGAACAAUUGACAAUGACAAAAAAAUCAGAAAUUUUUAAUACCAAUAAUUACUCAUUGUCCUCUGGAAUUAAAAAACAAAAUGAAUUAGAAAAAAUAACUGAAGUCAUCUCUUGUCCUUUAGAUGAUAAAUCUGAAAAUUCUGGCCCUGGUUUUCAUCUAGACAAAAUAAAAUCAGAUAUGAAAGAACCUAUGCCAAUUUCAACAAAUAGUAAUAAUGAUAUCAUUCAAGAAACUAACAUAUUGGAUCAACAAUUAGAAAUUGAAGUUUUAAAAAAUGAUGAACUAAUCACAGAUGAUGUUUAUGAAUUUAAAGAAUUUAAACCAUGCAGUUUUGAUAUUAUUUCUUCUGACAUUGAUUCCUCAAAAUUAUCGAAAAUAGAAAAACUUGAUGAGCUACCCAGAGUUAUUGAUUCUUCAGCACAAUUAGAAGUAGUUGAAAACAAUAGCUCUAUAAUACCAUUUGUUCCUACUAUCUAUAGCACGAAUUCAUUUGAGAUAAAAGUUAAUGAUAAAUUGAACAAUCUAAAUGAAAUGGAUGAUUCAAUUACUCAUAACAAAUCUGAUGUAUCUGAUAUAAAAAAUCAAAUUUUAGAUUUAUCUAUAAAACCAUUUGAGCCAUCACCCAAUAACAUUUGUAUUUUUCCAAGUGAAUUAAAUGAUUAUGCCAUUAAAGAAGAGGAUGUUGAUGAUGAUGAUGAUGAUGAUGAAUCAAGAUUGGUAAUAGUAGAGGAACCUGAUUAUCAAAGUGAUGAAGAUAUUGAUCAAUCCUUACCACCAGUACCAUCAAGUAUACCUCUUCAUAACACUUCACUAAUAGAUACAGAUGAUGAAAGUAAUAUAUACUAUGACGAAAGUAUACAAAAUGUUCUUAUUUCUAGUUUUAAAAUGUCUCCACACUCUAAAAGUUAUGAUAAUGAAGUUGAAAAUGUCGAUAAAUCUAUAGUGCUACCACUGCAAUUUAGAGAAAAAAUAGUAGAUCCAGAUUAUCUCAAUAACGCUUUAGUUAUAGAGAACAAUCAUUAUGUUUCAGAAUAUGAUAUUUAUAAGCCUAGUACCAGUAAAGAUUUAUUUGAUUCAAUAGGUCAACCAGGUAUAAGAAAAGAUACUCUCUAUGAAACUAAUACUAGAAAUGAUGCAAAAAAUAGUUUCGUUGUAGCUGAAGAAACUGUUAAUAAUAUUAAUUUUGAUACAAACGUUCCUUACAAAAGUAAUUUAUUUAAUCACAAUAUUCCAAGUACUAGCAAGUAUAGUUUUUAUGAUAACUCUAUGCCUAGUACUAGUAAACAAUGUUAUAAUCCAGAAUCUAAUGUAAACAACAUACUAUAUGAAGAAACCAUACUAGAUAGUUCAACUAGUUUGCCAACAGUGCAAUUUUGUCAAGAAGAAACUAUCAAGAUAUUUGGAAAAUUCAAUAAUAAUGAAAUAGAAGCUAUUUUAGGCAUGUGUGCUAUGUCUCAAUCUUGUCAAAUGCCAAUGGUUGUUGUGGCAAAUGCUACUGAAAAAAAAACAAAAGAAGACACUAAUACUCAUCAAAAGUAAUUUUUUGUAUUAAUAUAAUUUAAUUUAGAUCUAAGGAUGUCACACACUAAUACCUAUAUUGUGUUGUCUGUGUAUUACAAAUGGACAACAUUUGUG